GGGCCGGAUUAAGACUCAUCGAGGCCCUAAGCACUUAUAAGAUUUUGGUAGAUUAUGUAAUUCAAAAUAUAAACAAUAACAAACGAUAAUAUAUAUAUAUAUAUUGAAAACGAAAGAAUUUCUGGAGAUGUACUCACAUAGCAAGUGACUUAAUCUUAGAUCGUGUGCUGGUGUUUAUAAGCCAUUUCAGAAACACACAAAAACAGUUAGAUACACUAAUGAAGCAAUACGCAGGAAAGAGAAGGCGUCAUAAGAAAACUUACGUUAAAAAUAACAUGCACACGAUUUUUUUUCUCAAUAGAAGUAAAUUCCAAAGUAAACGUUUCUAGUAGAGAAGUAGGAGAGAACAGGACAUAACUACAGAGAAAUCUACGGAUGCACAUACGCACAUAAUAGAGAAAAAUGAAACAAUUAUGGACGACUUGCUCCGAAACACCACCGAGUGGGGAACGCUUCUCAAAAAUAACCUGCAGUUGUUUCCUUCAAAAUUCCUACAUGCUCGAAAUGUACAUACAUCAAGAUGAUGGCCGUUUGGUACCUGCUCUGCUCUUUGUCUGCAAUAUUUUGUUUGACAAGUGCAAACACUUAUAAAAUCACCCAAAGUGGAAAUGUUGUGCUCAAUGGAAAUGUCACUCUUAUGAUAACAAUACCAAAUAUGAGACGACCAGUGGUUUGGAGGUGUCACAAUUAUAAAUAUGAAUGUGACAGGACGUGUGCUAACGGCACUAACUAUAAAGUUACGCAGAGUGGAAAUCAUUCCACUCUGUGGAUUCGAAAUGUGACAAAGGAAUGUUUGACUUGGAGAUUCGACGAUGACAACCUUCAAGGUGGAACAAUUCAUUUGAAGAUAAACAAUGGUGGAACCAGCAGCCUCAGAACCAGCUUCAUCUUUGUCAUUGGGAUUAUAAUUGCUGUCAUCAUUUAAACAGUUUAAGAAAUACCAGUAAUAAUCUCAGGUGCUAGAAGGACACUUUUUGAUAUUUAAUCUUUUAUCUUUAAUCAGUUUCAGUCAUUUUGCUGAGGCCAUGCUAGAGCAUUGUCUUGAAGGGUUUUUAGUUGAACAAACUGAAACCUGGGCCUUUUUUUUUCUAAGCCUAGAACUUAUUCCAUUGGUCUCUUAGGCUAAACCACUUAGUGAUGGGGACACAAACACACCAUCACCAAUUGUUAAGCGGUGAUGGGGGAUAAAUACAGACGCGCAACCAACGUCUUUCAGUUUCCAUCUCUCAAAUUCACUCAAAAGGUUUUGGUUGGCCCAAGGCUAUAGUAGAAGACACUUGCCCAAUGUGGGACUGAACCCGGAACCAUGUGGUUGGGAAGCAAGCUUGAUUUGUUCGCCUAAAGGCAGUGUUCCAGUAUUGCCGCAGUCAAAUGACUGAAACAAGUAACAUAUUUUUAAUUUCAUUUAUGUCUCCCCUCUCUUUCAAUAAAGUCUCUUUCUUUAUCCGUA